GGUGGGUUCUUCCGCGCCUCGCUGCCCUCGCCGGCGCCCAGUACGGCCUCGAGCAGGGCGGCCGCCCGCCUGCCACGGCCGCGGUCGAAGCCGCUGCUGCCCGGGUCGCGCAAGGAGGACUACGCGCGGGACUACAUCUCGCAGCGCAUGAUGCACAUCUCGCGGCGCUGGGUCAAGAAGCACGGCAUCCCGGACCCGGCGGAUCAGGUCUCGGGCUACGAGAGCAUGGACGAGGUGUGCACCGACAUGGAGGAGGUUGUCGACGUGCUGUGGUUCUCUGGCACUCCGUCGAUACAAAUCCCGACACUUCUCGCCCUGGCCCUAGCACUGACCGAGUAUCUCCCCUCGUUCCCGCCCGCGCCGCGGCCCACGUUCGGCCUGCUGCAGAAGCUUGACCACUGCUUCGCCUCGCUGCUGGUCGGCAGGGACGUCAAGACCAACGAGCCCCUGCCCGGCUUCCAGCGCGGGCUCGGCGCGGGCUUCUCCCGCACGGACAUGGUCCGGAUCAAGUCCCUUGCCGACGAGACGCGGAUGCUCGUGGCGGUGGUGAUGAGCGGCGAGGCCGAUGUCGACGACUUCGAGGAGGAGGUGGAGGGUGAUGACCCUGCGGCGGCGGCAGCAUCAAGUCGCAGGGUCGGGGGGCGGGACGACGAUGAGGAAGAGGAGCUGCACAUGAACGUCGCCAAGGUAUACGAGAAGACUCUGACACAGCUCGGUGAAACUUUGGGCGAAUCAAUA